AUGGACGGUUAUUCAACAAAAAUUAAGAAUUCAGGUGAACAUUUAAUUCGAAAUGAAUUUCCCGAAAAAGCUCUCGAACUUGAUACACUUGUUUCGAGUCCAAUGUUGUCCUUUAGUCAAGUAUCGAAAGUUCGUACGGAAAUUCAAUUACCAACAGCUGAUGAUAUUAUUGCACAUUUAAAACAUGGCAAAAAUAUCCGUUCGACUGAUGAUCAUCAUAAUUCUACACCAGAAAUUAACACUGAUAAUGGUUGUUUGAUAAAGAAGCAUAAAGCAGAUUCAAAUGAUAAUCCUGAUUCUAUUCAAUCUUCUGUCUAUGAAUUCAACGGUAAUGUUCCAUCAAAUCGACUUAUAUCAACACUUGAAGAUAAACUCAGACCAUAUAUUCUUCAUUUUCUCGACAGUGUUGCAAUUAUUAAAUUAUGGAUACAAUUAAUGAUACCGAAAGUUGAAGAUGGAAAUAAUUUCGGUGUUAGCAUACAAGAAGAUUCAUUGGCUGAAGUUCGAACAAUCGAAACAGAAGUAACACAAUAUAUUGAUUUAACGUGCAAAUAUUUAAUAUCUCGUGGAGAACUUAUUAAAAAAGUUGUUAAAUACCCUCAUGUAGAAGAUUAUCGUCGUAGUGUUCAAUCAUUAGAUGAAAAACAAUUUGUUUCAUUACGUUUCAUUGCACUUGAACUUCGAAAUCACUAUACGAGUGUUCAUGAUCUUUUGAUGAAAAAUUUAGAAAAGAUCAAAACACCAAGGACAAAUCAAACACAUUCAUUGUAUUAA